GCACUGUGAAUUGGUCUCCAGCUCUAGAAGAUCAUUCCGCACUUCCUUGGUCAUUGGAGCAUUCCUGCCCAUCGAAGAAGUACUGAGGUUCUCGCACUUCUGAAGCUCGAGUAUUGCCUCGACUUACUCUCACAAUCUACCAAACAGCCUCCCAUAUACCCAAUUCACAUUCAAACUGGCGAGUCUCCGCAAAACCAAGGCCAUGCCGAGCGAUACUGCCAUUCAAGAAUUGCUGUAUGCAAUACUCAAGCAAAAAUGUCUGAAAGACAUCGAUUGGAACUUGGUAGCCGCAGACCCCAUCCUGACCCAAACCAUCACCAACGGCCAUGCAGCCCGAAUGCGAUACUCCCGCUUCAAGAAGCAAAUUGAACGUGCCCACCGAGCCUCUCACCCUGCCCCAGCACCUCGUCCGCGCAAUACCACCACCGGCCCCAAGCGGUCACGAGUCGAGAAGAACGAAUCUCCCAAGAAAGUAAAACGAGGAAGCAAUGCGAAAGCAGAGAUCGAGCAUGAUGAAGAAGAAAGCUCGAGAGAAGGCACCGUCGACAGCACCGCAGAUGUGCAUCCCAGUAUGCUCGUCAAGCGCGAACGCGGCCAUCAUCAAGCUCAAAUCCCCCAAGCAGAACCAGGCCGCGAAUCCCUGAUGACGCCUCUGGCUUCUACUCCUCGGUACUGCAUGGAGAGAUCAGUAUCUCCUUCGCCAUCUAACAACCACCAAAAUCCUGAUAAUUCUUUCAGCGACUUUGCGACAAGUUUCGAUGCAGGUUUGGGCGCGAAUCAUUUAUUUGGAGAAGUCCCGUUCCCAAGCUUGGGGCUGGAAAUAGGGAUGGGUGGUGUGAUGGGGACGGGUAGCUUUGAGAGUUUUUCGAAUCCGAGUUACUGGGAGCAGAGUCAGGGGUUGGGGAAUUCGCAGAGUCAGGAGGUGGUGGAGAGGGGGGUGGUUAAGAUGGAGCCGAGGUGGGGGGAGGAGUAUCGUCAUGUUUGAGGGGAGAUGGGAUGCGUACAUAGAUUGAUUUAAGAUCUUUUGAUGAGUUAUGAAAUGGAUGGGUGGGUGGGCGGUUUUGACU